UACUGAUUACACCAGGCUACUUUCAUCACUACUUCGUUGUAAUUAUUGGGUAGUAAUUGGGGAAUUAGUAAAUAGUACUACUUCUGCUAAAAACGGCCGUCUGGUCUCAUAUCCUGGAGAAUUCUAGGGAUUUAUUUGUUACUGCUACUUUUACUAUUGCUCAUUUGUAUUUAUAUUGUACUGUGUCGUGUCACAUUACCAGCGUUACCAGAGUUAUUACUAGACGAGGGCCCUAGACGAUUAUUUGUUUUAGUUAGGACCAUAAAAAGAUAAAAUAAAUAACAAACAAUGCAAUUAUCAUAGUCUACCUUGGUCAUAACGACCGUCCAAUACUGAAACCUUCUUUAUGUACUAACCAUGUUAACAUAUUAUUAACAUAAAUUAUUUACUUUAUUUAAUUAAGGGUGUCAGUCAUCCGUGCGGUAUCGCAAUUAUCAUUGACAUUAUUGCUUUACAUUAAUACACGAGAAGUUCGACCCAUCUUACCCUUCUUCCUGUUCAGGUGACAAUAUGGAAGUGCGGAAAAGGAACCGCACUUGACACCACAAUCCUACAAGGUCUUAUUAAAAGUAUCGCAAACCACAAAAAUUCUGGUGAACCUGAAGAAGAGCCUGAUAAUAGCGCGGAAGGACAAGCUCAGCGGGAACAAACUCAGCGGACACGAGCUAAGGAACUUAUGAAAAGACAACUUGAACUAGCUAUACAGUGGGAUCGUUUAGAUAUUGCUACAGAAUUUAUUUUUGAGAACAAGUCAAACAAUAUGGAUCUACAUCUGACGGAAAGCGAGCUGAACGAGAUGUUAAACCUGGCCAUCAAACACAAGCAGAUCCGCUUUAUCCGCAACAUAAUAGAACGUAAUGCCAACAUCAGCUCCUUCCUGACAGUGGACAGAUUUGAAACUAUUCUCCGGAAAACACGCCCACUAAUUCCUUGUUCUACGAGCUGAUGAAGAAAAAGUGCCCCAGUGUGGAGCACUGGACGUUCGAACACUUCGAAAUGGUGAUUCAUGACAUAAGUGAAGGAGUAUUCAGGGUUCCCGGUAGGACCCGUGCACCGGAGCACCAGGUAGACCCUUCUGAUAACGGAUUCAGUCUACAAAGCAUCAAAAUCUGCGGUAAUAGUAAAAGGAAUGGGGGAGCUGCGAACUAUGCGCACGUAGACAACAUGACUGGAGACGGUCGGAAGUCUAAGUUUGAUUUUAUGGAUCCGGGCAGUCUGCUGACUGUUUACAUGGUCCUGAUCCACGAGCAGGAACUUGCCAAGGUCAUCUGGGAGUACUCCUCCACGCCCCUCUUUUUAGGCCUCGUCUGCACCUGUAUCAACAACUGGUUGAGUGCUCAGCAAAAAGAGACCCUCCUCAUAUCCGAUGCUAUGGGCCAGCAGCUUGAGGAGUACGGAAACGAGUUCGAGGAGAUAUCUGAGAAGGUUCUGGAAGAGGUUGCGGAGUAUCAGACCGAGCACGUCAUCGCUUUGAUUAACUUCAAGUUUGUGAGUUGGGGUGGCAGAACUAUUCUGGAGAUGGCUGACUACGUGAACGCCGUCAAUAUCAUCGCUCACCCGACUAUUCAGGAUUACAUUGAUAUUGAAUGGAACGGAUGGCUGGAUAGCGACAUGUCCACGCUGAGGAUGAUUGUGUCCAUAUUAUGUCCUCUUUUAGCUUCUUUCCGAGAUGUUACUCCGUUUGACAAGUGGAAGCAGAAAAACCUCCAGAGCAAAAAGCAGAAAGUGAGGGAUAGUCGAGAGGCGUUCAUUGAUCGGGGAAUCGGCCAGGACGAUUCUGAGGCUUGUGAGAAACUGGGUAUCCUGACAAAGUGUCGGUAUUUCUACAAGGCACCCAUCACCAAGUUUACCAUUUAUUCCAUUGUUAAUGGAUUCUUCUUGAUGUCCUAUGUUUUCGCGCUGCUUUUAGCAGAUCGGCAAUCGACUAGUGCCGAAAAGUGUGGUGGUUUUCGCUCGAUUUUCAAUUGCAAGCUCACCAUGGCUCAGCAGUUUGUUUACAUAUGGGUUCUGUGUUUGGUGCCCCUGGAAAUGAGGCAGAUCUACUUUUCCUACCCCACCACACUAUGGGGGAAGCUGAAGAUGUAUUGGGGAAAUAUUUACAACAAGAACGACAUUGUUUGCAUCAUCCUUAUUUUGUUGGCUCUGUACUUUAGAAUGAAAGGAGAUAGCGAUACGAUAACUUGGGAUGGAAACCAUUUCAGACUGCUGUUUUCGUUAGCCUUUAUAAUGUACUGUUUGAAGCUGUGUCAGGCUCUGCAAAUAAGCGAGCAGCUGGGUCCCAAGGUGAUGAUGAUGCAGAGGAUGUUGAUCGAUCUCCAGUUCUUCAUAUUCCUUGUUGUCAUCUUCGUCAUUGGAUACGGUGUCAGCACCGCUUCUAUCAUGACCCCACAGAAAUUCCCUAAACUGGAAAGAAAAUUGAUGUUUGACAUCUUCUGGAGGCCCUACACUAACUUGUUCGGUGAGAUAGGCGAGGAGACAAUAGACGAAGUCAUGAACUAUGAAUACUGCCAGUACUUCAAAGCAGGAACCGAGGAUAAUGGUCAAUGCUCCGACUACUCUUGUGACGACGAAGAGAAUACCAUGUGUGUAUUCAACAUUUACAUAGUAAAGAUAAUGCUCGGUCUCUACAUGAUGUUGGCUGCUGUCCUCAUGUUGAACUUGCUGGUGGCUGGUAUGUUUAUCCUUUGUUUGUUUUCAAGCACAUACGAGGAGAUUCAAGAGAAUUCUAAGACGCUCUGGAAGCGCCAGAAGUUUGACCUGAUGGUUGAGUAUCGGAGUAGAUCACCUCUGCCCGUUCCUUUCAGUACCAUCCUGCAUUUCCGCAAAG